CGCUGAUGGCCGCCGUAAAUGAGCUGGGAGAAGAUGACUCUGACGACGAGAAUUUUACACCGCAAGUUUCAAGAAAAAAAAUCGAUAAUUCAGAUGCAACGCCUCUUCCUCAUCAUGUUGCUCGAACGCCACCAAGUCAUAUUCAGCGUACACCUCUCGCUGAUAUAUCCUUGGACGCCACUCCGGUACCUUCGAAGGCUCAAAAGGUCAUGUUUUCGGAGUCGGUCUCUUCCCAUCACCCCAGCACCCCAUCGAAGGGAGGAGUACAGGCUGAUUCACAUAAUUCGUCAUGUGCAUCGAGCGUGAAUGCUUUCAAUAUUGCAAAGCAGGAGUUGCAUACAUGCAAGCCAGCUGGUGUCAUUUUAAGUGGGCCAUCGUGCUCACAAAGCCCACUUCGGUUGCUAGAGCCGCCAUCCGCUGAACAAGGAUCAGGGUCUAGUUUAGCUAUGUCUUUUGCUCAAGAAAGCCCCCUAUCACCACAAGUUAACGAUCCGGCUCUAUCAUCGUCUACUGCACUUCUCAUCCCCUCUCCUACCAGGGCACUCCUCACCAAUACUGUCCUCACCAUUUCACCACCUUCGCCUCCUCCACAGCUGCCAUUAUCUCCAGCCACGCGUAUAACCCCCUCCGCCGGACACGCAGUCUUCCCUUUGAACGAUGUCUCUUCUCCUUCCCCCCGUGCCCGUCUUCGUCCGCGCUCCAAUACUACUACAUCUUCCCUUGACCCACGCCGCACUUCGGUCGAUCUACAUACCUCCUUCAAUUGGCAACUCCAAUGUCCUGAAGCAUCAUUUGAUUUGUUGAACGAUAGGAUAUCGUUUUUAGGCGGACAGGAGUCAUUUUUGAAGGGUUUAGAUGAUAUGGAUGAAUUCAACAUGGAGGCAGAGGAGGAAAUGAUGGAAGCGUUGGCGAAGAAAGAGAACGAGGAGAACCAAAACCAAAACGCGCAGAAGUGUUUAAUAAAGAAUAACAAGAGCACAGAAGCGAGUGGGGCCAUCAGUAGUACAAGUGUCAUGGCGUCAAGGAUCAUUGGAUCGACUCCGAUAGCCACUCCCACCCAGGUCGCGGCUAAUGCUUCUCUUAAGAGCACUCCACGAGCAUCACAAAGCGUCAAAAAACGCUUCAGUCUUCCUUCUAGUUCCCCUAUAUCUCAUUCUCUGACUUUUGCACUGGAUCGUGCAGUCCCCAAGUCCUUAGACCCAUCACAGAUAGCCCUCCCAGGUACAAAUGUGGAUAACGAGACGUUUUGCCCCUUGCCAUCCACC